GCCGGGCGCAGUCCUUGGUGGCUAGACUAGAUAUAAGAGCUUCCUACUCACCCUCUUUCUUCCCUCCCUACCGCUAUUACGUUCCUUCAACAAUUCCUUAACUUCAAGCCCAAGUUUCCCCUCCCCUACCUCCUUCCAUCAUGGCUCAAAGGCGUGAUACCUACCUCUCCCACGACACUGCAAGCUCUCGGGAUACGAGGCGAAGUAGUGACUCCUAUGACUCACGAAGUACGGCGCCCACCUCUCUCGACGACAGCCCGCCGCCGUCCAUCAAGGGGUCGGAUUCUCGCCCUAUCCAAUUCCGGUCGCCUUGCUACGACGAGGACCUGUCGCCGGUGACGAGCCUGUACCCCCGCUCAUCGGUCGAGACCUAUUCAUCGCAGGCCUCAAGCGACGAGUCUGAGGAUGCGGAUUCGGAAGGGUCCUUGGAUUAUUCCGACAUCCCCCCGCUUCCCGUAUAUCGGCACGAGAUCGAGGAGAUCAACGUCAGACCAUCGACUCCCGAUGAAUUCGCUGCCCUUUUCCCAUCGAUGAACCGGCUCAAUGUCCGCCACGAUGACUUCACCCCCGAUGGCAACAUGAACCUACGGGUUGACACCGUAGUCUUGGGCAAACGGAGGAAGACGAUCCAGCUCUUCCAUCUACGCAUGUACGACUUGAACAAGCGCGAGUUCUCUCUCCGGCGGUAUUGUCGAGAUUCUGGUCGCGAGGUGUGCGGCUCGAAACGCAAAUACGUCGAACCGGCCAUCCCACGCCGCCCCAAGCUGCAGCGAUCCAUGUCGAAUGCGAUGAGGACCUUCACAAGGCGACCGACGCUCAGUCGGUCCCCGACUGCUGCUCCCGUCUUCACAUCUAAGGGCCGGCCCAGCACGAGCGACUCUUCGGUGACCCACUCGGUUGAAGCCGAUGAUGACUUUACCGACGUCCUCAGUCAGUCCCUCUCCGGCGAUAAGAAGGAGAAGUCUCGCCCCGUCGCGACGAACACGAUUAAGCUCGAGUUUUCCAACUACGCACGCGUUGACGUGAAACGGCGCGGAAACAAGAACAACAAGCGGUACGAAUUUGAAUGGUGGGGUCACAAAUACUCGUGGAAGAGGGUGUCGGAUAAGCACACCGAGUCCGUCGCCUUUCAUCUUCUGAGGGAUGGUCAGAGCACUCCCGUCGCACACAUCGUCCCGGAAAUUCGAUCGCCGACCCAAGCCGAUGCCGAUGAGAGAGCCGGUGGCUGGGUUCCUCCUUGCCACAUGUGGCUCAGCGACCAGAGCCUAGUCGACGCUGCGACCGACGUUGCCGACAUCGUCAUCGCAACCGGCCUCAUCGCCUUGGUCGACAAUUGCAUCAAGGAGCGCUGGCAGACGAAGGCGAAGGCAAAGAAGCCACGCCGCAUCAGUCUCCCACUCCCAACCAAGCCGAUAGAUGUCGAGCUCAUGAACCCGAAAUCCUUUGUACAAAACUUGUUUUCCCGUCGGAAUUCGGAUCAUCAACCGCGCCCACCACACAAGGUCGUAGCCGCCUGCUGACAGGCUACCGACGAGAGAAGAUCCCAUUAAUUGGUUGGGGAGCGAUUGACCACUUUCCUCCUCGCGCGGGAAGUCGAACGGCCUCGUUCUAAUCUAAUCUUAUACCUACUCGGUUGAUACGCAUUAUCACCACGACUAC